CAAAAGCAUAUAAUAAACUCUAUCAUUUCUAGUAACAAAAACUAUACCAAGUUGAUUGAUAUUGAUACCAAUAUCUUAUAUCCCUCCCCCUCUUCACUUUUUAUUUUGCUACUUUCAUUGACAUAAACAAAGGAAAAGAGAAUACUUCUCUUUCUAUUUCCUUUUUACUCAUCUCUCCCUCUAUAUCUCCCCCUUCUUCUCUUCUUUCUUUCUUCUUCUUCUUCUUUUGGAAAAUCCCUCUGUGAGAGAGCAAGAUAAAAAUAGCAAUGAAAAACGCAAUAAGAUGUUGCAUAUCUUGCAUACUACCGUGUGGGGCACUUGAUGUGAUUAGAAUAGUUCAUGCUAAUGGAAAAGUUGAAGAGAUAAGUGAAACUCAUGUAAAAGCAGCUGAGAUUAUGAAGCUUUACCCUAAACAUGUACUAAAGAAGCCAUCAACAUCUUAUUCCUCAGAAGAAGGGGUAAUUUGUCCCAAGAUCGUUGUAGUUCCUCCUGAUGCUGAACUUCAACGUGGCAAGAUUUAUUUCCUUAUGCCAAUCCCUUCUUCAACUGAGAAAACUCGUUCAAGAUCAUCAACUACAACAAAGAAAAAGAAGACAAGAUCUUCAUUACCACAAGCUCAUGAUCAUGGGAAUAUUGGCCGAAAUAAUGGUAAUAGUAAUAGUAAUAGCAAUAAUUUGAUGGUUUCUAAUGAUCAAUAUUUGAGUGAAAUUUUGUCGGAGAAAAUCUCAACACAAAGAGAUAGAAGAAGAGGAAGAGUUGGUGUAUGGAGACCUCAUUUAGAGAGCAUUUCUGAGACUUCAAGUGAUCAACCAUAAAUUAAAUGCAAGGUUAUUACUACUAUUUUUUCUUGAUAUUCAUUUUUCAAGAAUUUCUUCACUAAGGUUUCUCAAGGAAAGUUUGAACCCUUUCUUUUAGUUUUUUUUUUUUUUUUUUUUU